AUGGAUAUAGUCCGUUUUAAAGAGGAGGAUACUAAUAUGUUAUGCUGUGAAUCCUCGAGUAAUGUACUGGAUAAUGAUUGUAAAACAUUUUAUUUAUUGAAUCCAGAUGGUAUUCUGGAUUCAGUAGCAGGGUUAGAAAAUUUAUGUAUAUCUUAUAUGAACAUAUCAUAUAAACCCAUUAGAUGUUAUAAAUGUUUAUCAUUUUUUGAAUGUGAAAAUAAUUGUAAUUUUAUAAGGUGCCCUAAAUGUAAAAUAAUAAAUUCUGUAGUACCUCAUGAUAAAUUAGGAAGAAAAGUUAUUAUAGUUAUAUGCUACCAGUGUAAUAAUAGAAACAUAACCAAUAUAGAAUGUAUCUAUAUUCGUUGUUAUUUAUGUAAUUCUCUUAAUUAUUCCAAGUAUACACCUUUUAAUAUAAAUAGUACUCAUAUUAAUAUAGAUGAAACAAAAUAUGACACCAAAUUUAAUUACAAAGAUGAUAAGGAAAAACAUAAAAGAGAACAAAAAAAAAAAAAAAAGAAUAAAAUAAAAUAUAACAAUAAUAAUAAUUAUUAUUUUAAAUAUAAUAGUUCAAAUAAAAAUAAACAUAAUUAUACAAGUAAAAAGAAUAAAAAUAAUAUGGGGAAAAAAAUAAUUAACCUAUUUAGCCUUUCCAAUAUGUUUACAUGUGUUAAACUUCCAAAGGAUGAUACAUUAACAAGUGUUAUAUCAUCCAUCGGAGAAAAAGAAAUUCAUAGUGAUUAUAGAUACAGUAGAAAGGAUAGUGUCCGAAGUAUAAAUACAGAAAAUAAUAGUAUAUAUAAUAGAUACCGUAUUAAUAGUAUCACAAGUAUAAAUGAUAAUACUAGUCAACAAAUGAAUAAUGAAGAGAAACAACAGAACGAAGAUUUUAUAUUUCAUCCUAAUGAUUUUUUUAAUAAUGAUAAUUUUAAUAAUUAUUUAUAUGGAGAAAGAUUAGAUGAAGAAUACAUAUAUAAUACUAAUAGUAACAACAACAAUAAUAACAAUAAUAAUAAUAAUAAUAAUAAUAUUAAUAAUAAUAAUAAUAAUAUUAAUAAUAAUAGUAGUCAACGUAAAUAUUUUUCUAACGAACCUUCCCAUGGGUAUGUACCUGAUGGAAGAUUUAUUCAAGAUGAUAAUAGAAAAAAAUUUAUUAAAACGGGUAAUAAUAACAAUCAUAAUAGUUAUAAUAAUUAUAAUAAUUAUAAUAAUUAUAACUCCAAUGAACCUUUUAAUAAUGAAUAUAUUAGGAAUCCAACGAAUAAUUAUAACAACAUAAAUAAUAAUUAUAUACAAAAAGGUAAUAAUAAUUAUAUAAAAAUGAAUGAAAAUAGAAAUAUGUACAUGAAGGAUAAUAACAAAGGUAUGUACAAUAAUAAUAAUAAUAAUAUGAUGAUGAUGAUGAAUCAAGAUUAUAAUAAUUAUAAACAAAAUUAUUAUACAAAUAAUCCACAAGGAUCAUGGAAUAAAGAUAAUAAAUUACAUUCUUCAAAUGAUUAUAAGUCAAAUAAACAAGAUAAUUAUUAUGACCGUAUAGGAGGACUUGUAGAAAAUGCUAAUGUUAAAAAAAAAGCUAUGAUAUUCAAUAAUACGACCCAUGAUUCUUCUUCUAAGCAUCAUAUUUCUAAAAAUCAAAACCAUUUGGAUAUGGAAAAACAAAAAGAAUGUGAUGUCAAGGCGUGUAUUGAAUAUUUUAAUAAACUAAAAAAAGGUAAUGAUAUUAAUAUUAAAACCAUACUAGAACGUGGUAAUUAUAAAGAAUUAAAUAUACCAAAAGAACAUUUAGAAAACGGACUCUUUUAUAAAUAUGUAGAAUUCUAUCAAAAACAUAAUUUAAAAAAUUAUGUAGAUCAUUAUAUUAAACCAAAUGCAGUAAUGGAAAAUAAAAAUAAUAUGAAUAAAGAUUUUUCGAAGCAUAAUAAUAAUGAAUAUUAUAAAGAUAAACAUCUUAGUGCUGAUAAUAAAAAUACAAGUUCAGAUAACUCUAAUAUUCAUAAAUCAAAUAAUAAAAAAGAAGAAGAAAAAAAUAAUAAAAAUAAACGUUCAGCAAAUGAUUUAUAUGAUACUAAACGUGCUAACGCAGAUCAUGACGGUAAUAUAAAUAAUAAGAAAAAAAUAAAAAACGAAAAUGCACCGAAACCUAUAUUUUACACAAAAGAAGAAUUAAUCAAAGACUUUUUUCGUUAA